CUUCUGAGGACCUGGCCGCCUUACCCUUCGCCACCCACAGGAACAGAUGUUCCUGGCAGGACCUCUCCUCAAAGCCCCCUUCACUUUCCUGCCCUGUCUUUCCGAGCCUCCCGGGCUCCAUAAUGUAAUCUGCUCAACAUGGAGACCUUCUUCUGCCGCCCCUCUGUUAAUAAAAUACCAUAUAGCGAAUUUUGCUUUGUUGUAAAACCACAGCAAGUGAAUAGACAUUUCCUUUCACCCACACAUGUGACGAAAACGGGAAACGACAUUGGGGUUCCGGCCACAGCUUCAGCUGAAGAACUUGGAACGGCCAGCUUGGGACCCAGGACCCUAACAGUACUGGUAGGGUGGGGACACCUUUGUGCUGGAAACCUUAGCACCUCCAUCUGAGACUUCUUCAAGGGGGAGAGAUCUGGUUGUGAUACGUGGGAGGAGUCCUAGCCCCGAGGAGAUAGGAUUCAAAGUGUGGCAGAGGCGCUGUGUUUGGAAGUCCCGGUAUCACGGCCCCCCAGAUGGGGCCUGGACUACCCGUCUUGACGGCCUUGCUGCUUCUGGCCCUGGCGCCACCGCCGGAAGCCUCCCAGUACUGCGGCCGCCUUGAAUACUGGAACCCAGACAACAAGUGCUGCAGCGUCUGCCUGCAGCGCUUCGGGCCGCCCCCCUGCCCAGACUACGAGUUCGAGGAAAACUGCGGGCUCAAUGACCAUGGCGAUAUCGUAAAGCAAGCGUUCCGAAGGUGUCCUCCUGGGUGGUGCAACCCCGACGGCGCCGAGCUAUGUAGCCCCUGCGGCGGCGGAGCCACGAUCCCCACUCCUGCCGCGGGCAGGGGCAGAACCCCGUGGCGCUGCAGAGAGAGGCCGGUCCCUGCCAAGGGGCACUGCACCCGCACACCAGGAAACCCAGGUGCCACUACCUCCCAGGAGCGCACCUCACCAGCAAGUUCCAUUGCUUCGAGGACCCCUGAACCUGUCCCUGGGCAGACGUUGCCGAGUUUCAUCCCGCUCUUGGUUCUGGUCCUGCUCCUGACUUUGGUGGUGACAGCGAUCCUCCUGUUUGCUCUGCUCUGGCACUUCUGCUGGCCCAAGGGGAAAGUGGACCCCUAUCCCUAUCCUGGCUUGGUCUGCGAAGUCCCCAAUACCCACACCCCCUCGAAUUUGUGCUCCCCAGGCGCCCUGGAGACAGGGGACACAUGGAAGGAGGUUUCUCUACUUCCACUCCUGAGCAGGGAACUGCCCAGUCUGGCAUCACAGCCCCUGUCUCGCCUCCUGGAUGAGCUGGAGGUGCUGGAAGAGCUGAUUGUACUGCUGGACCCUGAGCCUGGCCCAGGUGGGGGCAUGGCCCAUGGCACUACUCGACACCUGGCCGCAAGAUAUGGGCUGCCUGCUGCCUGGUCCACCUUUGCCUACUCGCUGAGGCCGAGUCGCUCGCCACUGCGGGCUCUGAUUGAGAUGGUGGUGGCAAGGGAGCCCUCUGCCUCUCUGGGCCAGCUUAGCACACACCUGGCCCACCUAGGCAGGGCAGAUGCAUUAGGGGUGCUAUCCAAGCUUGGCUGAUCUGGGGUUCACUGGGCUUAACACUCCAUCUUGCUGACUACUAGUCCCAGCAUACAAUUAGCACUGAAGUACUUCCUGAAGUACAAUCCUAACUGGGCAAAGACUCAACAGAUACCCUCACUGCCCUUUGCCAUAGAAGGAAGGGCCCAUUCCAACAUACACACAGGGCCACAUGUGGGAGGGCUGACUCCAGGUGCUCCUGGGCCACCAGAAUCCCCUCUGAGAAACAGCCCUGCUACAG